AUGAAUACUCCCACGCUGAUCAAUUUGCCUCCUCCCCCAUCGGACCCCGUCACUCCAUCGGAUAUGGGACCAGGCACCCCCAACUCCGGCACUACAUCGCUGUCCGCUCUUUCGACAACAGCCAUCAAAGAUGGUCACCAGGGCCAACCAUUCCCUCACAGCCACCAUGCGCACCAGUCCUCCACAUCCUCCACAACCCUAGAGGCUGAACGCGCAGACCGCAUCUCCCGUCUAGCGGGCCUUGAGCGCGUUGCCACAGCCCGCGCCGGUGGCCAGACACCCACUAGCCAGCUUCUGCCAUAUGCUCCAGGAUACUUCGAGAGUCAAGCACUGAAGGAGCGCAGCACAGUCGGCAGCGCCAGUGCGACUGGCAGCAUCGCCGGGCGCACAACCUGGGCGAGCAGUAGCGACACAUACGACGCCGACAAGAUGAGCGAGCACGAGGACGACGGCACUUCCAGUGUCAGUAACGUCAGUGAUGAAGGUAAUGCCAGUCUCGUCGGUUUUGGCGAGGGCGCCAACAGUACUUACAGCGGGCCGAUUUCUCGUCCGCCUGGAAUGAGCCGUGUGUCCUCUGGAGGUAUUGCAGGACGACCUACUUCUAUCGGCAGCUCGAAUAUCAAUCGCCCGAACUCGCUGGCUUCAUAUCUUCAGCAACAACAGCAACAUGCUGGGGAGAGCUCCAUGAGAUCGUCGUCGCCGGCUGGGUCAAUCACUCCCGAGCCUAUCAAUGAGGAUGCUCGCAUGGUGGAUGGUAUGACUUUUGACUCGGAUGUCGUUGAUACUACUGUCAGAACUCCACGACUAGUUUCUACGCCCGGUCACAGCAGCAGUGGAUUUGGCUCGCCAGCCCGGGAUUAG